GCUGUGUCUGUCUGUCAGAGGACCUUUCUUGUUUUGAUUUCCCCACCCUCCCCGAGGAGACACUGAUCACAUGACCCGUCCACCGUCCAAUCAGGUUCCAGGAAAGCACGGCUCGUAAUUUUGAACAGACGACGGAGCAGCAGCAGUCAGGCAGAGAGAGAGCGGAGGACCGUCGAUGUUUCCUUGAAUCCCUCCUUGAUUUAUGGAUCUUUUUUAAGCUGCUGUCGGGUCGGAUGAAGUGAAAACAUCAGCGCCGUCUCUCUGAGAAAUAUGAGUUCUCAUGUUAUCACUCCUGGACCGUACCGAGCCACAAAGCUGGUGAGUCUGUUAUCCGUUAAUUUGGAGGAGGAGGCUAACCGCUAACUGGAACUGGUUAGAAACACAUUAGAAACGUUAGCUCAUCGGUGUUUAACUCCGUUUAAAUAUUUAUUUACACAGACUUAUGAAACGAAUAAGAUAUCUAUUGUAUUAUUAAUUUAAAAUUCCUCCAUUUUGAGUCCCUCCCCUCACUCACUAACACUAAAGUAAAUAAAAUGUUGGUUUAGUUGAUCCGUUCUUUUAAACGGACUCUUCACGUUGAAAAAGUCAAUUUUAACUUCAUUUUAAUUUUGUUUGUAAGAUGUAAGUUUAAUACAAACCAUUUAAGACAUAGAUGUACCAUUCUUUCAAAUUAUAUGACCAUUUCUACAGUUAUUGCUCAUAAAAAUCGCUCAACAUGUGACAAUAAACACUUAAUUUUACUUUACAAUGAUAAGAGCCUUUAUGACUAAUGAUUUCAACCUAUAUCUAUACAAAUAUGUAUUUUACUAGUACUAAACUUGUCUAAUAUUAGAUAGACCCCCUCUAAUAAUGUCAAAACCACAACAGCUCUGACCUGAUGAUACAUAAGGUGAACUUCCAUCAUGUGAUCAGGUUCAGUUCAGUCUAAUAUUUGGUUGAAAAACCACAAUAACUGAUCUGUACCAUCCUACUUCUCUUAGAGGACCAAGUGUGUCUGUCUGACCCUCAGUACAUCACUGAUUUGUUGUGUGACCCUACUCCCCAGGACGCACCCUUGGGUCGUCAGGCCAGAACCUCCUAAAGGUGCCAAAGACCCGUUUUAAAACUCGGGGAUACUGGGCUUUUAAGACCGUAUCCCCCAGACUCUGGAACGAUCUGCCUCUCUCCCUUCGUUUUAUCGACUCAGUGGAUGUUUUUAAAAAGCAGUUGAAGACUUUUUUGUUUAGACACAUUUUAAAUUAAAAGGGUUUAUUUAUCUCUUAUACUGAUCUUUUAUAGCUGCACUUAUUUCCGUACUCACCUGCACUGUAUUCAAAUUUGUGUAUGUAUAUGUACUUAUCUUUUGUACACUUUAUGUUUAUCUAAUUGCACUCUGAUGCAGCCUUUUAGCCAUCACAACUUGGUCCUUGCUGAAUAUGUUCAAAUUCUUACACUUGCUCAUUUGUUUCUAACCCAUAAACUUCAAGGGCAGCGUGUUUCUUCAGGGUUACUCGGGGGAAAGCUGUCAGGAUGUCAUUGAUAAUUUAAAGGGAUAUUCUGGCGUAAAAUUAAUUUAGGGUCAAACACACCGUAACACUGAGUUUUUCUUUCUUUCCUCUUUUAGUGGAAUGAGGUGACUCGUUUGUUCCGGGCUGGUAUGCCCCUCAGGAAGCACCGGCAGAACUUCAGACACCACAACUCCUGCUUCACCGCCUCUGCUGCCGUGGACUGGCUGCACCAGCUUCUCCGUAGCAACAGCAACUUUGGCCCCGAUGUCACCAGGCAGCAGACGGUGCAGCUCCUGAAGAAGUUCCUGAAGAACCAUGUGAUCGAAGAUGUGAAAGGUCGAUGGGGCACAGAGGAUCUGGAGGACAACAACAAUCUGUACAGGUUAGAGAAAGAAACCUUUGCUUUAAAGUUUAAAAACACUGUCAAAUAAGCGUUAAGGUUGUUGUUACAUCUCUCUUUUCUCCUAGAUUUCCCUCCACUUCUCCUCUAAAGCCUAUCCCCCGUGCAGCUCCAUCCUCGACCCCGGGCUCCAUUAAGAAACGGCCAUCAUUCAGGGACAAGGAGGUUUUCUUCAAGUUUAGGAGCAGUAGGAAGCAGGACAAGGAGACACAGGUGAGUCAGAGUGUAAAUAAAUAACUAUAUCCAGGUUAUGUCCACUUUUGUCCCUGAAAACAGAUGUCUCCUCUACUCUCCGUUCCCUCCAGGAAAAUAUAGAUCCUGCACUUCAGGCAGACGAAGAUAUUCAGCCAGUGGGAGAGAAGCAGGUGCACAGACGAGAGCUCACAGUGGGGGAUGAGCACGAGAUCUGGAAAGACAUCACCCUGACCCAGUAUAAAUCAUUUGCUUUUACUCAUUUUAGUGCCUCUAGAUUUUAACAAGUUUACUUCCUUUAAUUUAAAUAAUCUAAAAGACUCUAGAAAUGAGCAGCAUUGUUUUGGGUGUUGUGUUUCAGCCUGCAGAGGAUUCUGGGUGUUGCAACGCUUAAUGAAGUUUUAGACCAUCGUUAUAUAAACCCACAGAACAUCAUCCACAACAUGACCAAAGUCAACAAGCAUGGAGUGGUGACACUGGACGACAAAACUAGUAAGUUUAUUCAUCAGCUGUAAAUUUAAACAUCAUGAGAAAAGCUCAAAAAAAGUCUCACUCAGUCUCUCUUUGUGAAUAUGUCUUCCUCUCAACAUUUAGACUAUUUUUUAUUUAUACUUUCUGAGCACACACAGAACAGACACGUCUCCUAAUUCUGCAUUUGAAUAGAGUGGAGCACAACAGUCGACCACAUGACCUCAAUUAUGAGGCCUCUGCUAAGUUUGAAUCCCAAACAGCUCUAUGAACUGGUCUAACCUGUUGCUCAUCCCUACAGAUGACCUCCCUCACUGGGUUUUGUCUGCAAUGAAGAGCCUGGCCAACUGUGAGUAACAAGAACCUCUAAAAGGUGGAACUAUUAACCCUUCUCUCUCAGUUAGACGGCUGCAGUAACCUGUCGUUUAUUUUCAGGGCCAAAGUACGACAGCGCGCAGCCGUCUUAUCCCGGCUUUGAGAGGGAUGUCUUCAAAACAGUGUCUGAUUACUUCUACAGUCUCCCUCAGCCGCUCCUCACAUAUGAACUGUAUGAACUGUUUAUCAACGUCCUGGGUAGGUAUCAUGGACCUUCUGCAUCUCCUGGCUGCAAUAGCGAAUUUUUAUGCUUUUUGAUGGGAUUAUAACUACAAUCCUAAUUCCAAAAGAGUCGGGAUUUGGUGGGAAAUUAUAUGAAAUGAUGCAGGAGAAAGUGUUUUAACUCUACAUGUCAAUGAAAACAGUACAAAGACAACCUAUCAGGUACUGAAACUGAAAAUGCUUGAAAAAAAAAAAAGAGAAUGCUCAACGCAAGUGAUAUGUUUCAACAAGUUAUGGCAUAAGCAUGUUUACCAUUGUGUUGGAUCACCUCUGUAAAUGUUUGGUAACCAAGGAGACGACUUUCAGGAGUUAGAAUUUCAGCUGCUCAAACAUUUGAAGUCUCCUUUGACAUAUUUUUCAUCCAUGAUCGUCUGGACUGCAGAAAAGCCAGUUUAGCACCCUGACCCGUCUGAUGUAGGACAGAGUCUUAAAGAGACAUGAGACCAUAGCCCUACCUACACACAUCCAAAACCAACUUUGAUUUAUUUAUUUUUUUGACACAGAAUAUACCAAUAUGGGCAAAAUGAUGUUGGUUAUUGUCGUAAAUUUCGGUAUCUGUAAAUUUUCGAUUUAUUGCCCAGCCCUACUCAUGAGUUCAGCAGCAUGUGGUCGCUUUCAUGGUUCCCCUCGGGAUUCUGACCGAGGAAUUUUCUUCAUUAGGACAAAAAAAAACCCCUUUGUUUACUUUUUUCUCUGCAAGCUUUGUUGGUAGAUGGUUGCUAAAAUUCCCACAGAUGAGAGCUCACAUCGAUCGCUGUACAGAGGCCGAGUCCCCAAAGGACAAAUGAGACUGACACUCACAAGACUGUCUGCAGGAUCUUAAUAAUGCUGAGUCCUGCAGACUUGCUAACACUUGACUGCUAACAGAGGCUCUGGUUGUUGUCCUUCUGUCACAGUGAAAUAAGCUGUUGUACUCGCUGUGUGUGUGUGUGUUUGCCUGUUAUGUGUUGCCUCCAACCAGCUCAUGGUUUGUAAAAGUUUGAACUAACUCGACCCUCUCCCUCCUCUUCGCUGUCUCUGUCUGCUUGCACUGACACUCUGCCUGCACCGCUUCACUCCCUCUCUGUCUCUGCAUCCGCUUUCAGUGUUUUGCGGCUACGUCGCAGCACCGGCCGCACAUCAACGCGGGAAACGCAAGAAGCAUGACCUCCCCUCAGCCCCCCCUCCAGCCAAAGCGUCUUUCCGCUCCACAGAGUGUCUCCUCCUGUCGCUGCUCAGACAGGGGGCGUGUGACGAGACAGAGUCGCCCAUGAGGGAUGUGCUCGGCGGGAAGUUCCAGUCGAGGAUGGCGGCGCUGAGAGGAGGUGGCGGUGAAGGUCUGUUAGGAGGCAGCUGCAUCAGCCUGAGCGCAGCCGUCUCUAUGAGGCCACAAACCAGGAGUUGUUCACUGGAAACAAUCCUAGAUGACUCCGCCCCUCUCACCCGACAACAGCUAUUCCUCUCCAGCGACAGCCUGGCAUCCUUCGCCCAGAGUAGCGGGAGCCAGGAGGACAGCCCCGUAACCACAACGCCGCACACUCACACAGACUUCCCAUCUGUUUCCAAAGCCGCUCCUGUUGCUCGUGAAAUCGCUCCAGGAGUUCGAACUAGAAACAGAUUGUCUGUCGCUUCUUUCGGAGGAGUGUCGGGGACACAGAGGUUGCGCCCGUCACGACCUCGCAGCGUUGGCAGCUGCUUGGACAUCGUCGUAGAAACAAGAGAAGAAGAUGUCAAAGAAACCGGCAAGUUGCAAGACCGAGCAACCAGCUGCCUCGACGUGAACACUCCUGCUCACCAGCAUCACUCCUCCUCAGCUUCCCACCCUCCACCGCUUUCCUCCUAUCAUCCUGUGUCCUUCUUCUCUUCCUCUGCUACCGCCAAAGCACAAGGGUCUCGCCUCACCGCAGCGCCCGGCGGGCCCAGACCCGCCGCCAGCACCUCUAAUCUCUGGACGCUUCCUGCGCCUGCUGUCGUCCGGCGCUGCCUCAGCUCUCUGGAUGUGUCGAAGCAGCCUCGACCCGUCUCGCUGCUCAAACCGCCUGUCCGUGUGCCCACCGGCAACUCCCAGCCCGCUCAAACCAAAGCUGAGCAAAGUAAGACUCUCUCUCCCCUCCACCCGUCUGUGAGUCUGCCUGUCUGUGAAUGUCUAAUCAAACUAACUCCAUCUAACAUCUAACCACCACUGAAAUAACAACACAAGGUUUACCUUAGAAAUACGACGGUGAGAGAGAGAAAUGCAGGACAGAAAGGUUGGUGUUGGGAUAAGAGGCGAGGAUUUGGAUGUAGUUUCAGUCGAGCUGUCUGGGGUUUGGUCAUUUUUAAGGCUGCUGUUUUCACACCAUCAUACACACCAAUGCCUGAGCCAAUCCCUGAACACUGCACUGCUCGAAUACCUCGUUAUUAUGGAGGGUUAGCUGCUCCUAAGAGGGACCUAAGUAGAGUUGCAAAGGGGCGGAAAAUUUCAAAAACUUUCCACGGGAAGUUAAGCUGGGGAAUUUUUGAAAUAUUCCAAAUUGGAAACUGUAGAGUAAAAUAAUAAAAAUCCUUAAAAACAAUAAUGCAGUGGCAUGAGCAGAAAUCUAGUUGGCUAAACAACUGGAAUGGUCUUUGAAAUAUUGAACAAUUGAUGUAUAAAUUAUUGUAUGGUUACAGAAAACCAUCUUGCAGGAGUCAGAAGAAACAACAUCACAUUUGAGGUAGCUACCACCACCACCACCGUAGGAGCUAGCCCCUUAGAUGGUCAAUGAAAUGAAAAAAAAACUAUUUUUAGUUACGUUACAUAUUAAUACUAUUAUAGGUCAAAUAUAUUUACCCCAUAAUAUUAUCCAAACUUACUUAACUUUAUAAAGUCUGUGGGCUCAAAAGUGCGGCCUCCAGGGUUCGAGAAAUCAUCUGAGGAGUGUACUCGUAUUAAAUCUGGUUGUUUUAGCCAAGAUUAUUCUCCAAUAUUCUUUCUCCAACUAUAUUUAAGUUCCCCGUUGAGAGCCAACCUUCAGUUUUGUAAAUGUCAGAUUUAUUCCCGUUAAUUCCCAUGGUAAGUUUCCAGAAUUUUGCGACCCUAGACCUAAACAAACCCUGAAUGACAAAGUAAGAGCAGAGAGGAGUGACAGGAUCAUUCAGCUGUUCACGCAGUCUAAUAUAAAUAUUUUCAGUUUUCUUCUUCUGACACUCGUGAGUGUGUCUGAUAGUUUGGAGAUCCUGGUUGUGUCUGUGGAGGGUGUCAACGUCCAUCUUUCUGAGUUGAUCAGGACUCUAAACUGGGAUGUUCGUGCUUCUUUAUCCCUCUGCAUCAGGCUGUAGUGUCUGUAGGAUUUUAGCUGACUCAUCGUUCACUGUAGCUGUAGUUCAUUAAUCCUGUCAUUAAAACCAUUCAUCCAUCCAUCCAUUCAUCUGUCAUGUCCUGUGAAUGUGAUGAAGCAGUGAUGGAUGAAUGUGACCACUCAGAGUGAUUUUCUGUCUAUUCAUGUGUUCAUGUUACUGCGUGAACGUGUGUGUGUGUGUGUGUGUGUGUGUGAAUACACAGGCGUCCUCCAGCCUCACUGCGAACGUGUCGCCAUCGAGGCCUUGCAGCUCUGCACGCUCCUCCUCCCGCCCACGUCCCGCAGGAAGCUGCAGCUCCUCAUGAGGAUGAUGUCGCGCAUCAGUCAGAACGUGGACAUGCCCCGCCUCCACCCGGCCAUCGGCACCAGAACCCUGGUCAGCAACCAACCUCAGCAUUUUAUUUAAGUGUGACUCCACCUCCUCACUUUACUCACACGACUCCGUCUGAACACGUUUGUUCUCGUUCCAGAUGGUUCACACGUUUUCAGGCUGCGUCCUCGGCAGCGCUGAGGAAGGGGAUCUGGACGAGCUGUUAGCGACCCGGCUGGUUUCCUUCCUCAUGGACCAUCAAGAGAGCAUCCUCUCAGUCCCAGAGUACCUGCGCAGCGCCAUCAAUGGCCAUAUACAGUACCUACGAGCAGUUCAGGUACAUACACCAUCUUUAGGGAGUCGUCAGAGUUCAUAUUUUUACACAUUUUGAACCCCUUAUUUAUGCACCUGUGAACUUUGACCUCGGUCUCUUUGUCACUUUGCCCAGAACUAUAUGGUUUCUGUCAGUGUUGGCGUCCUCUAAGGACAAACGGUCUUUUCUGAUCACGUCCCUGAUGAGAAAGUCUCGAUAAUGAUGACGUUUGAUGGACUAACCUCUCAUUUACGGUGAACAUUUGACAUGGAAGAUGGACAAACAGAUUUUUCUUAAUGGGCGCCACCUUCAGGCAGUAAAAGUUACAGUAUCAGUCUUGUUGCUAAAGGUCUUGUUUGCUUCUGUGUAUCUUAAAAAUCCAACUAUUUCAAAAACUUCCCAAGAGCUAAAAAUGUGAAUAUUUCCUUGUUUUUCCCUCCUUAAACUAGAUAUUUGACUUUCCUUCUCAAUUUUCUAACAUUUUUUGGACAUAAAGGCUGAUCAUUUAUCAAGGAAAAUGUGUUUACCGCUUAGUUUAAUGUAAGUCUUCUCAGAAAGAUGUACACUGUCUUUUUUUUUCCUCCUGAUUGCAGGUACCAGUCGAUGGCGCAGCUGACGGUGACAGCGAAGAUCCAGGCUGCGCUCCAGUUCCCAUCUACGCCUUCUGCCAUCAGAUCAGUGGCGCUGAGUUUGAACAACAGAAGCUGGAGGCUUCUCAGAAAGCCAUGGAGGAGCUGCUGGAGAUCCUGCUGACCGACCAAAGCAUGAGUGAGAAGGACAGACGCAAGAAACUCAAGCAGGUAGAAACCGUCUCGAUUUAUCCUCGAUUCAAAGAUGCUGGACAAGCGUAAUCAAAUACUGACAUAAUAAUCGCAAAAAUAGAUGCAGAAAUAAGUUUAUUUUCCUUUUUUUUUCUGAAGGAGGACUGCAGGAAGUUUUAGUCAAAACAGACUGCUGUCUAUAAUCGUAAAUGUAUGUGAUGUUAAGGUCAGUCCUGGUCAUUUCCCGUCUUUGUUUCAGUUUCAGAAGCAGUACCCCGACAUCUACAACCGGCGCUGUCCCCCGUCAGAGAGAGAAAACAGCAAACCAAAGAUUAAACCUCCGCUCCUCAACAUCAAGAAAACCAAAGCUUUCAGCAUCAGGAACUAAACCGGGCGAACAGGUGACGUUGUCAUAGAAACCACAGCACACAGUUUCUGUCACUUUUGCUGCACUAUUGCUGCGCUGGUACUAAGAGAUCUGGAGAAUCCACUUCUUUUUGCAGCUUUCAUCUCUUCAUGUUACGUUGGAUUUACUGUUAUUAAAGAGUUCGUUUGUGUUUUAACGGUUUCAGCACCAUGUUGGAAACAUCAUGUUUUCAUGAACGAGGUUUUAUUUCUGAAAUGUUCGACAGUUUUAGAGUAAUCGCCCCGUUUCCUCCUCUCACCUGUUGUGAUACUGACCUGUGUGUGUGUGCAUGUGUGUGUUUAAAGUUUGAAGGUGCGUUUUGGGAGAGAAAAUUAUAAUUCGGAGAGAUCACUGGUCAAAAUGAGAAUGAUUCGACUUUCUAUAUUUAUGUGAAUGAUGUUCUGGGAGAUAUGUGUUUGCUUGAAGUGUUUUAUUCUCGUGUUUUAGAGUCUUUUCUAAACGUUUUAUAUCUUUGUUUCAUAGAUUUUAUUUGAACUGAUCUCUGAGCCUUUUCUGUUCCCAAACUCUGAAUUCUUCUCCUUUUCAAUCUUUUGUUUUUUUAUUCGUUUUAAUCUUUUCUUAAAAAGGGAUCUCCUUUUUUUUCUUUUUUUUUAUUCGUGUUUGUCAUCAUUGACUCAUCCCUGUUUAGUGCAUCGGCCGGAGUGAUAUUUUGCACUGGAUUUAGUAAACUGAGAGGCAGUUAAAAAAGGUUAAUUUAUCGGUAUUUAAUUCUCCCGUUAGAAGGUUUAAGUAGACUCCUGUUGUGUUAAGCUCGACUGAAAAUGUCCAGCUUCCCUCUUUUUUCUAUUUAUCUAUAUGAAGUAUUAUCCUAAUGUGUGUCUUUACCUCAGAUCAGAUGUAACCGCUUGUGUGUUUGGACAGAGUUGUACACAUGAAGUGUUUAUAGUUGUGUUCUUCCUCUACAUUGUUUACUAUGCAAACCCUGGGAAAUAAACCUGUUAAGCUGUUUUAUUUAAA